AAGUAUUUUAUUGAAAUUUUCCAACUCCAAAAAACAAAAAAAUGAAUUUGGAGUACUUUUCUGAGGGCAUGGACUGCCUGAUGUACUGCGGCCUAAAGCUAUCGCCGGAGCAGCGCAUCCUCAUCGAGAACUCGCUGAUCGCUUUGCAGAACGACAAUCGGUUCUCGGGCAUGUAUCUGUGGGGUCGCAUCACGGCCACCAAGCAGGAUUACUACAUUGCCUUUGGCUACACCAAUGACUGUCUAAAGGAUCGAAAAUACUUCUACAGCCUCGACCAGUUUCAGUGGCAGCUGCUGCCCUUCGUCCAGAGUCCGAAGAUUUUUCAGGCCACCACUCUGGCCCGCGAGUCUUUCGUUGGCGAUCCCAGUCUGAUGACCUACGUAAAGUUGGAUCCCACAUUUGAGAUUGUGGGCAAUCAUGUGGUGGCCAUCAGUCGCCCCGAGGUGGUAAAGUUGAAGGAGGAGGAGCGCCUGGCCGCCAUUGUGUUUAUCAUUACCGAGGAGUGCGCCGUCUGCCCGCGCGGUGCCCUUUACAAGAUGACAGACGGCCGCGUUAUACCCAAUCAAAUGUUUCGCGGGCUGGACAACUUGCAGGUGGACAACCAAUCCUUCUACCAGCUCUAUCGUCUGCCCCGUAACGACCUCAAGGUGAACCUAUCGAAGCGAAGCGACUACAACUAUCCGAUUGACUUCCUGGACACGAUUGACUGCGUGAUUCCGCUUGGACAGGCCUUUGCCCUAAACUUGCAGCGAAACGAGCGUCUGGUCGUGAUCAAGUCGUGCCUCUGGCUGGGCAUGACCUUCUUCCACAAGAUCACCUCUCACAAGCACGGAUUCUUGUACUUGGGCGAUGGCAAGAAGAAUUCCGAUUUGCUUUUCAUGUAUUGAGAGUUGAGAGCGUUUUUCUGAUUAAAUGUUUAUUGUUUUUGGGGGCAUGCA